AUGUCAGUGGCAAUAGUUUUGGUGCUGGCAUUAACCAGUCUGAUUCCGAUUCACGCCAAAGUUCACGGCACCGGAAAAAUAUGCGACGAGCUUGGUCGGAGAUCAUUGAGUACAAGACCACACAGUGUCUCUAUUGCAGAGUUUGGAGCAGUGGGGGAUGGCAAAACGCUGAACACUCUUGCGUUUCAAAACGCCGUUUUCUAUCUAAUGUCUUUCGCCGACAAAGGUGGGGCCCAGCUGUAUAUCCCGCCUGGAAAAUGGCUCACCGGAAGUUUCAACCUCACUAGCCACCUCACUGUUUUUCUCGAAAACGGCGCCGUUAUAGUUGCCUCCCAAGAUCCAUCGGAUUGGGAAGUUGUGGAUCCGUUACCUUCGUAUGGGAGAGGAAUUGAUUUGCCUGGGAAGCGAUACAUGAGUUUGAUAAACGGCUAUAAGCUACGUGAUGUUGUUGUAACAGGUGAUAAUGGUACUAUAGAUGGUCAAGGCUUGGUUUGGUGGAAACGGUUAGCUUCUCAUUCCUUAGAGCAUAACCGUCCUCACCUCGUUGAAUUUGUAUCUUCCGAAAAUGUGAUGGUCUCGAAUCUUACGUUUCUGAAUGCUCCUGCUUAUUCAAUCCAUUCAAUCUACUCUAGCCAUGUAUAUAUUCACAAGAUAUUGGCUCAUUCUUCUCCCGAAUCUCCUUAUACAAUCGGCAUUGUACCAGACUCUUCUGAAAAUGUGUGCAUCCAAAACUCGACCGUUAACGUGGGAUAUGACGCGAUUUCACUCAAAAGCGGUUGGGAUGAAUAUGGAAUCGCGUAUUCGCGUCCCACUGAGAAUGUUCAUAUAAGAAAUGUGAACCUAGGAUCAGCUUUUGGUUCGGCUAUUUCCUUUGGCAGUGAAAUGUCCGGUGGGAUAUCGAAUGUCCUUGUCGAAAAUGCAAUUAUACAAAACUCACUAACCGGUAUUGCCUUUAGAACUACCAAAGGAAGAGGCGGUUACAUGAAAGAUAUCGAUAUUUCGAAUAUAGAUAUGUCGAGAGUCGGCACUGCGAUUGUGGCUAAUGGUAGCUUUGGUUCUCAUCCGGAUGAUAAGUACGACGUAAAUGCUCUCCCGGUAGUGAGUCACAUCAGAUUAAGUAACGUUUCGGGUGUAAACAUUAGCGUUGCGGGGAUAUUGUUUGGGAUAAAAGAGUCUCCGUUUAGGUCAGUGGCAUUAUCAAAUGUCUCUUUGUCGAUGAGCUCUGUCUCUACUGUUUCUUGGCAAUGCUCCUACGUUUACGGCUCUUCAAAAUCAGUUGUUCCUGAACCGUGCCCCGACCUGAAGAGAGUUGAUAGUGCUUACCUUAGAGCUGCUGUCAAAAGAAACCGUAACACCAAACCAAAGAUUCUUUAUAGGAUUCCUUCAUCAGUCAGUUCUUUAUUUGUGAAGUUAGAAAAGAAAUCUGUACAUCUCUUUAUUCAUGUACAAGUGAAGAAAUUUUGUUGA